CAAAGGCAGACAAAGAUAAUGGCUUCGAUCGAGGAGAAAGAGACCCUUUAUGCAGACAUGCAAGACUGACUUGGAGGCUGAAGCGUUAUCAAUGCAAUGUUACACCUUGGGGUAACCAACGCCCGGCCGACACCGAAUUGAACACACACCGGGGCGGAUAAGGGCAAGCCGAGUUGUUGUUUCUCAUCCAAUUGAUAGCUCCCGAUCUGGAAUUUGGGAAUUGGACUUUUCGUGACUUGACUCCUACUUUUCGUACACACCUUCACAAGCUCACACGCUCACACACACCGCCACAAGAGGAGGAGAAGCGGGAAACAAGGAUCGCGCUUCUUUGGCACAUUGCCGAGGUCAUCCGCCCUUGACCUACAGAGGAAAGUGUUGACGGCACGAAACGUUCAAAGAGCCACCUUGAUGGGCUCGAGAUCGAGGGGAUCGAGUUGGUUUUAUUCUCUCUAAACAGAGCUAGGCAGGUGUUCCUCAGUGGACAUCCGUUGCGUUCGUUUGCCGCGCACCCCCUCCUUCGCUCACCCCGCAGCCAGGGGACGCCCAGGCCACGGUGGCUAGCUCGCCCGGGCGUUUUUUCCAUCAGCCUUUGAGGUGCAACCAAAAAAGCAGACGACCCGGGAAUUUAUUUUGAAUGGGGCCCUUCUAGCCCCAAAAGCAGGUUCCAUCCCGACUUUCCCUUGAACCCCGACUCCUCCUUCACCCACCGCAAACCGCUUCAAGCCGCCGCGACGCGCGCAAACGCCCUCUCUGCUCGGGGCAUUCUGGGGCCGACCAGCAACGAAUACCUGGCGAUUGAAACAAUUCUAUAGGGCGAACCCAAGUCACCAACACAUCGCAUACCCAGCAAACGACAGAGACCCGAACCGACAGCCCGAAAAGCAAGUGACGUGUGUUGCGUCGUGCCUGCCGAUUCCCGCAGCCGGGGCCGACCGACUGCACCACACAGAAGGAAACCCGCCUUUGCUUGCUUGCCCCGUCAUGGCGCAAUUUGCCGCCUCGGCCGCACAGCUGUCAAUGUCGCCAAUUUCACCCGCCGCCGCCCUGUCAUCUUCGGGUGCCGCAGGAGGCUCCGCUUCUGGACCUCCGCCACUGAGUGGCUCCGCCGGGGCCGGGUCCGGUGUUGGUGGGGCCGUUUCUCCCCCAUUACGUCCGGGCCACCAUAGGGAACAGUCGCAGUCUUCUGUCGCCCAGGUACAGGGUGGUAGUGGACAACCUCAACAACACAAACGGGUGUACCAAGCCUGCAUACCUUGCCGCCGUCGAAAAGUCCGUUGCGAUUUGGGAUCGGUCGAUGAUCCACACGAACCGCCUUGCGUGCGGUGCCGCCGUGAGAGCAAAGAAUGCUACUUUAGCGCGACGAGACGGAAGAGAAAGAUUGAUGAUGGGUCUGUGGAGGAGGACCCGGAGCAGGAUGAAUAUAUCUUGAGGAAUGGCAGGAAAUCGCUCAGGACCACGGUCGAAUCACCUGCGAGCAGCACGGCUGCGUAUGAUCGACGACUCUACAGCGAGGUCCCACUUACACCCGGAGGUAGCCGGGGGAGAUCGAUACCUCUCAAAAGGCCCAAUGACUUGGCGUCGACGAGAGGGAGAGGGGGGAGUGUAGGCGGUGGUGGGGAGUUUGGGAACGGCGAGCCGAAUACACCACUGGAGAACUUCGAGGCGAAGACCAUGAUGAGGAGGGAGGUGUAUGGACCUCACGAUGCGCUGGACUUGCUUUACAAGGCUGCUACGGAUAACUCGUCGCACAAGAUCGACGAGAACCCCGCUCCAAGCCGCCGAGCUACACAGUCACAGGCGCAUUCGCAUUCACACUCCCACUCCAUCCAUGCCCACAAUCAUGUCGAUUCACGCAAGUCGUCGAACACGAUUACACCGGGCACAUACCAUCAUACCCGUCACCCCUCGCGAGCAGAUGGCCCCACCGUCGACCAGCAGAUCGACCCGGAGCUUAGCAAGACCGAGCAGCUGCCGGAUCUUGGCAAGGAAGAGGCCCUCAAGGCCUGGGCGAGAUUCCGCUUCGUACGGGCAGGAUGGUUUACCGCCCAGGAAGCAAUUGAUUACAUUGAAUACUAUUACAAGUACCUCUCACCACUUACACCCAUAUCACCGCCGACAUUCCAGACGCCGUCUUCUCACUUGACGUUACUGACUGAGGAACCGAUACUCACCGUGACCCUCUUGACCAUCGCCUCCAGAUACCGCAAGAUGCCCGGCACCGGCGGCCACUGUCGUUCACACGCCAUCCACGAACAGUUGUGGACCUACCUCCGCGGCAUGAUCGAAAGAGUCGUCUGGGGUCAGGAGGCGUUUGGUGGUGGCUUCUGUGGCUCAGGGGCAGAUGAUAUGCAGAACUCGAGCACGGCUCCAUGGAGGGGGUUGCGGAGAGGCAGUCUACGAACUCUGGGCACGAUUGAGUCACUGAUGAUAUUGACAGAAUGGCACCCUCGCGCCCUCCACUUCCCGCCAAACGAAGCCACUGACGAGCUACUCCUUCCUGACUUUAGCUCCCAGAGCCCGGUGGAUAGUGACAGCCACCGGCCUGGGGGGAGGAUUGGGGGCCCCAGAAUUGAAAGCUGGCUUGAGCCGGCGUGGCGGAGUGAUAGGAUGUGCUGGAUGCUGCUGAGCACAGGGAUGGGCUUGGCGUAUGAGUUGGGCGUGUUUGAUGACAUCGACGAGCUGCUCGCCACAGGGGCUAUUGCUAGGCCAGAGUAUGAAGAAGAAGCGUACCGGCUCCGAGCGAGCAGGAUCAAGAGGCUGCUUCUAAUUUACCUCAGCCAACUGGCCGGUAGGUUGGGCUGGACGAACAUGGUACCUGACGAGCUGCGGAGGUCGGACGAGAAGUACACCUUCAAGAGGAGGCCCAAUACUGUGGAGGGCAACACGCCCGGGACUAACCAGUCGUCACUGUCCAACGUUUUCAACUACAUACCUGAUUUGGAGCUCGACGAUCAAAUCAUCCACUGCUGGGCGGGCAUCAGCAACGCGAUGCACCUCGGCAACGAGAAAUUGUUCAGGUCGAGGAAGCACACGACUGAUAUCAUCCAGAGCGGGAGCUACAUUUCUCUUCUCAAAGAGUUCCAGCCGCUGCUGAGGGACUGGUGGAAUCAUUUUGAACGAUUCCGAAUGCCCCCAUACAUCAGACACAUACUCACGAUUGAGUAUGAGUACGUCCGCAUCUAUAUCAACUCGCUCUCCCUUCAGGCUGUCGUCGAACGGUGCACUAACAACGCCGGCGGGGGGCCUAACGGGGGCAAUGGUACCGCGACCGGAGGGGAGGGAGGCGGCAGUGUAUCGGGGCAAUCUGGACCGCAGCUGUCACCCCAGACACAGCACUACUACGGCAAGCUGCCUUUGGGCCAGCUAGGCGGUUUUGGUGUUGAGGACCAGGAGUAUGUGAGGGAGGUUGUUAAUGGCAGCCGAAACCUGCUCCGGACCGUGGUCGAGGGGUUGCUGCCGGAUGAUUACCUGAAGCACGCGCCGGUGAGGACGUAUUUCAGAAUUAUCUCUGGGGCUAUGUUCUUGCUCAAGACCUUUGCGCUGGGGGCACCCAAAUCGGAUGUGGAGAUUAGCAUUGGGCUGAUGGAUCAGACUGUCAGCGCGUUGAGGAACUGUGUGGUGGAUGAUGUGCACUUGGGCAUUAGGUUUGCGGAUAUGCUGGAGACGUUGACGGGGAGGUUGAGGAACAGGUUUAUCCAUGCGCCGCCUCCACCAGCACCGCCAGCGGGGUCGGCUACGGGACAGCAACAGCAGGAUGGAAUGGGGGGGAUGGUGGGGCUUCAUGGGGAUGCUAAUGGGCAUCAACAUGGGGGCGUGAAUGGGCACGGGCUGCAUCAUCAGCACUCCCAUCACAACAAUAAUGGGGUGGCGGAUCCGUGGUUGAAGUUGAGGGAGGGGGCUGGUGCUGCUGAACGAUCUGCAACCCCAGCCAACAUAUCGGCCACACCAUGGGAUCUCACCACGGGCAAUUUCCCUUACCCGACUGGCUCGGCAUCCAUGUUUGGACCCUCCACCCCAGCCGCAACCACAGGUCUGGACAAUACCAAUGGCAACGGCAACUCUGCUCACAGCCACAACAACGGGCUAGACACCAACGCCUUUUUGGACGACUGGACCAACCCCGGAAACGAAAUGUGGUACCUGCCCACCGGACCGGCCUUCUUCCAAAACAUCGACAAUAGCACCUCGGUGUCGAUGACGGCUGAGGGUGUGAAUGUGGGUGGGUUGGACCUGCUGGAGUACAUGGCGAUGGACAACCCCAUGGACGGGUUUGGCAUGGAUGGGAGUGGUUUCUAGUUUUAUGUUUUUUUUUUCAUGUUUGUUAAAGGAAGCGUGGGUUUAUGGGAAAAGCGAACCGCAAAAAUGGGUUUGAGCGAAGGGGAACAGGGAGGCAAAAAUUUGAUAUUAUUUACAAAGCGGUUAGGGUGGUGGGUGGGUGGAUGUUGUGUUGAUGAAUAGUUUGUCUUUUUCUGUUGUUCGUUUUUUUUCUUGGGCGGAACCUACGCCACGUAUCUCAUCUUAAAAGCUAGGUACAGGAUUUUUAUUUAUUUGUUAUUUGCUGCCCAGUAGCUAUCUAGUUAGCCUUUGCUGUUUUGGGGGGAUAUGGACGGAUAUGGAAGAGAACAACAUCUCGUGACGGGAGGAGGGAAAAUUGAAAGAUAUUUUGAAAAAGAUAUGUUUUGUGAGAGUGGAAUUAGGGGUGGUCGGUGUUAUUGUUUUUUUCAAAGCCG